GCGGCCGGCUUAUCGCGGCGAGGAUUGUGGACGGAGGACGGAGGACGGAGUCUAGGCCGGAGAGGGCCGUUGCCGGCGAGUCAGUCGGCGCGUGGAAACCGGCGAACGUGAAACUCAUCCGCCGUCGCGCGUCUCGAGCGAAACAUUUUUUGGCGAACGCCUGUCUAUAUAACCUGUCUUCCUCAUCCGCACCGUCGAUCCGCGUCCUUUCUGACAGAUCCACGAUCGAAUUCGCGAGGGCGAAGGAAGAGAUGAGCGAACUUGACGCGAGUGCGUGUACGUAGUGUGAGAGAAAAAGGGGUCGCAUUUAUUUCUUAUUUCGAGGAAGAAUCGUAUUUUGAGAGAAGCGCAGAAUGGAGGAGGUAUCCGUGGAGAACGCCAAGGUGUCGGACUCGGGAUACUCCAACACCUGCAGCAACAGCCAGUCGCAGCGCAGCAGCGGCAGCUCGGUCUCGAGGAACAGCAAUCGCUCCGAAAGCAGCGGCUACUGCACUAGACGUCCCUCGACCUUCGAAUCCAGUAAUGACGCGCUGCCGCAGCCGAUCAGCAAGAGGAAGGACAAGGAGCACAAGAAGAAGAAGUCGAAAGCGGUGCUCAACGCCGCCGCCGAGGCGGAAGCCGACACGAAGACAGUGACCGCGCUACCGGAAGUCGCGUCGUAUAACGCUGCCGUGCCGGCAAACACCGUACUUGACCAGAAACCAGAAGAGGUGACCACCGUAGAAUUGGUGGACGCAACGGAUCCCGGCGAGCACAACGACGACACCGUCGCAGACCCGGAAGCAGGACUUGCUUCACGAACGGUCCCCCUGGACGAUUCCACGUCUCAGGCCAAUGAGGGAUUUUGCGCGGUGAUUUCGAUGCACGACGGUCUCGUGCUGUACACAACCCCGUCGAUAUGCACCGCCCUUGGCUAUCUCAAAGACGCCUGGAUCGGUCGAUCUUUCAUCGAUUAUGUGCAUCCGAAGGACAAAACCACCUUGGCCGAUCAGAUCACCAGUGGCAUCGCCUCGCCGCAAGAGGAAUCUAAGGGCAUCAAUGGCAGAAGAGCGAGUUUGUUCUGCGGCCUGCGGAGGUUUACCAGGUACAACGUGCCGAAAGGGUAUCGCGCGGACGCCAGGUCGAACUUGUACCUGCCAUUUCACCUGACCUUGUCGUUCCGGGACCGAACGGCCGAGCAACAGCCCAGCAACCGAGUUAUGUUCCUCGUAGUUACCGCUCAACCCGUCCAUUCCGCAUACAAAGCGCCAGAAGAAACAAUAAUAUCUUCGGUAUUCACAACCCGCCACACCGCGACAUGCCACCUAUCCCAUGUCGAUCCCGACGUAGUCCAAUACUUUGGCUAUCUACCACAGGAUAUGGUUGGCCGUUCGCUGUUUGACUUCUACCACCCCGAGGAUCUACCUUUCAUCAAAGACAUCUAUGAGAGUGUGAUCAGGCUCGAAGGCUCCUCCUUCAGGUCGAAGCCGUACAGGUUCGCUGUGCAGAACGGGGGCUGCGUCGUUCUCGAGACCGAGUGGUCGUCCUUUAUCAAUCCCUGGACGAAAAAACUAGAGUUUGUCGUAGGUCAGCAUCGGGUGCUCAAGGGGCCGGUGGAUCCGGACAUCUUCCGCGUGUCGCGCGACACCGAGUGCGGCUACCUGGCCAGCAUCAGCGAGGAGGUGCUGAAGGAGGCCAAGAUCAUCCAGGGCGAAAUACGGGCGCUUCUCGACCAGAGCAUCCAGAGAACGUCAGAUAUCACCGAGCACGACGUGUCGAAGCGAUGUAAGGAUCUAGCGUCCUUCAUGGAAAGUCUGCUGCAGGAGACGAAGGUGCCCGGGGUCGGCAAGGACGGACUGCUCGCGGCGGACGAACUCAGGAGCUUUUCGGGAUCUCGCAAUCCCUUGUUGCAGGAGCACGACAGCGUGAUGCUCGGUGAGAUCUCGCCCCAUCACGAGUACUACGACAGCAAGUCUUCCACGGAGACGCCGCCGAGCUACAACCAGCUCAACUACAACGAGAACAUCGAGCGCUUCUUCCAGAGCAAACCGCCGGUCGCGACCAUGUACGGCAGCGACGAGGAGAACGUUAACUCCAGCAACGACGAAGGUGCGCGGAAGUGCAUGUCGCUGAUAAACGGCAGCGGGGCAAGCGGCAGUGGUAGCGCGGAGAAUCUGAGCAGCGGUUCCAACAAUCAGACGAGCUCGGCGAGUCGGGGCGACGUGUCCAACACCGCCAGCAACAGCAACACCACCGCGACGGAAAGCUUCAAGCCGCCCACGCUGACGGAGACGUUGCUGAAUCGCCACAACGAGGAUAUGGAGAAGCUGAUGAUGCAGAAGCACCGGGAGCUGCGCUCCAGCAUCAAGAACAGUGACAAGCUGAAAGACUCGCGCAUCAAGACAGAAAAGGUCAACGGCAUAGAUCAGAGCGCACAUUAUGCCAAUCAGGGUCACGGAGUUAAGAGAAGCGGCAGUCAUAGCUGGGAGGGUGAUAGCUUCAAGGUAUCGAAGCAUGAUAAAAUCUCGAGAACAAGCACGGCGGGUCCGGCGAACCUUACGACCACUUUCACCAGCAUGAAUAUCGAUCAAUCGACCGUGGUGCAAACGGGGGCGAAUAUUAACUUGUGGCCAUCGCUGUCGGUCACCAUGCCUUCCUCUGCACCUACACAAUCCUGCGUUCCAUCUCACAAUACCAAUUCGGAGGCUGUACCCAGAUUUCCGUUACUCCCGUCAGUGAUACCGGUGUACUACAUACCGGUAGCGCAACCCAACGAGUCUGCGACGACGAUGUCGUCAUCACAAGAGAAGCUGGGCCCACCGCCGUCAACGCAACCGACGCAACAGAGUCCUUACAUGUUUGCUCCAGUAUCUUACGUCGCGACGGCGAUGGCCGGAGUGAUCUAUCCGGCGGUGAUCGGCGCACCUCCACCGCGUGCUAUGAUGUACCGACCCUUUCUAAUACCCGAGCAAGCACCGGCGGCAACAACGCGCGAGAACCAGCAGCUCAAUGACAAGUGUCCCGAUCGCAAACGACCGGCCAGUCAGGCGACCAGCGUUAAGGCCGAGCCGGGGAGCACAAUGGCCAUGUCCGAGUCCUCCAAAAAGGAAAAGGCCGUAUCAGAAGGCCUACUGAUUAUGAAGGAUCAUCAUCGGCCGACUGACUACAACGGGGACGAGUCAAGCUCGUCCAGCUUCUAUAGCAGCUUUCUGUACAAGAGCAGUGACAGUAGCUGCAAUCCGGAUCAGAAGACGUGCGAGGUCUCUUCCGAGGAAUACACCAAAUGUCAUCAAGGAAUGCGAAGGAAGGAUCCACCCUGGCUGGAGGGCGUCCAACUGACGCCGGAGUUGAUCUACGAGUACCAGAUACAUCCAAAGACACUGAACGAGGUGCUAAAGACCGACCUAGACGCGAUGAAGAACUUCAAUCAGCCAUUAUUGGUGAACGAUCAACUGGGACAGCUCUAUCUGGACCUGGAGAUGGAAAGUUUCGGCACCAAGCUCAUCCUCGAGGAGGGGAUAACGUCGAGCGGAAGCGAUAGCGAAAGUAGCAACGGCAGUUGGACUGAAUCGCAGCGCAAGCAGAGGAGAAGAAUGGUGAAGUAUGGCAAGCUAGUGAUGAUCCACGAGGAAAAUGCGCCUCUACCAUCUCCGUUGCCGUCCCAGACUAUAUCUUACGAGCAUUCAUAAAAGCUGCGAUCAAUCCAUCACAAACAAUAAUCCCAAAAGGCACUCCGAAAGUUAGUGUUCGUUUCAUCAUGCUUGCACUUCUCUUAAAUGGGUGCAAAAUUAAACCGGAAUUGAUUUUUCGAUCGAAAAUUCCUACCGGAAAAAUUGCAAACGCGAAUUGACUUGUGUGUGUAUAUAAGCAACGAAUGAAAUGCACUCGGUGAGAAAAUACGUAAUUUUUUUCGAUAUUUGCGAUUCCGGUUCUUACAUUUUUUCUUGAAACAAUUUCCAAAUAAAAAGACAAUCAAGGUGGAUCAUAAAAUGUCAUGAGACAGACCAAGGGUACAAAGCUCGGAAAGACUUUUGAAGUUGCCUUAGCCACAAGCAGUGAGUUCAAGUACAUUUCCAAAAAUUCCUAACGCGAAGUAGAAUGCAUAAUUAAAUACCUGUGAGAUUCACAUGAGAUAUUUGCACUUACAUUAUAUUUAUGUACAACGUGUCUCUCAGAGCCUUUCAAUCCAUCAGAUGCAGAUUUUUGAUGGAAUCAUCGUGAUUGAAAGAAUGCGUGAUGAGCUUUAGAAACAUCUCGUAGAGAGUAGAUAAUAUAUACAUAAUUACGAUAUUAACGCAAGUAGAAAUUCUCCGCAAAGCGUCGAAGACAGAUUUAUGAUAAAAAAAAAAAAAAAAAAGUAAACCUGAUGCAUACAUAAUUUUCAAUACCGUCCGCGUAUACGUGUGUGUUAUAAAUAAUUGUAUGUGAAUUGACCGAAAGAUUUCUACAGUCGAUUUUGUACUAAUUAAACGGAUAGCACGCACGAAUAAUGAAUGGAAAGAAAAUACUUUUGAUAGCAUAAUUCUUGCGUAAUGAUUCGUUUUCCUAUCGCUAUUUUCGAUGACCUUUUUUUCGUGAAUGUUUACACGUAAAAAUAACUUUACGAAUAUAUAUAUGUAUAUAUAUGUAAUAUAUAUAAAAUAUAUAUAUUUUAUAUAAAUUUAUAUAUUUAAUAUAUAUAAGUGAACAACUUCACGCGUGUCUUGCGAAAUUAAAUUGCACAAUGAGUGUAAGAUUUAGUUUUAUUUCUGUACGAUCGCGUAUUCUUUUGUCUCACUUUCUACGUGGAAAGAGAGGACCAACACGGCCGUAUUGGGCGCCCCGAAAGAAUAUAUACCGAUAACGGGACUUUUAAUUAUAUUAAAUUGUCGGCAUAGCUAAUAUCGUAAGAAGAAAAAAGUAAAGAACAGUUCGUUAUAAAUCUGUUGCGAAAUAAUUGAUUACAAUUACGUGAACUUCGUUUACUUUCCAUCAAUAUCAACAUACAAUCAGCAAAAAUGUGUUCCUCAACACAAAAAGUUCCGUCAUCGAUACAUAUAUCUUUGUUGCGUAUGGAAAUGGCUAAAAAUCGCUAAUAAAUUACGCGAGAACGUGCAUUUCAUUCGAGAUACGUACAAUUACAAACCGUCGCUUGUAACUUCCUAGAGGUAAUGAUUAAGCAGAGAGAGAGAGAGAGAGAGAGAGAUUGAGAGAUUGAGAGAGAGAGAGAGAGAGAGAGAGAGAGAUAUGAUCUACUACACAACGCACGUAGUAUUAAUACAAUACUUGCGGUACUGUGUCGUAUCGCGACUUAUAUAUUUAGCGUUUUUACAUCUCUGGAAGAUAUUUUAGACCAAAAUAUACAUGGAGCGAUAUAGAAGACUAGUAUAUGUAAGGAUAUUUAUAUUUAUAUUUAUAGAUUAUAUGUAUAUGUCUGUCCUUUAGAUUUAGAUCAUGUAAUACGUGUUUCGUCUGUCUGCGUUUUUCACGCCAGUUUCCUUUAAAAGUUCGUAUUUUUAUAAAGAUUCUUGUGACAGAACGCUAUAUUUUUUCCGAUUUUAUUCGCGCCCGAUAACGCUCCAUUUAUCGGAAUUUCGUAGAUCCAUGUUUGCCUGUUGAAAAUCCCGUUCAAAAAUUUCUAAGAAUAUUAACAGAAAAAUGACACAAUCUUAAAUAAAACAAUUUAUCUUCACGCCA